GCACAACAUUGUGUCAUAGCCUUUGUUGCUAGAUGAUGGUCGAUUGCUUUGUGGAUCGUCUGUAGAGAGCUGGAAUGCUUGGGGAGCAUGGAUGGAGGUCACUGCAGAUGCUGGCUACUCGUGGCACAAAUAUGGACCGAUACACAUCAAAAAUGAAACUCUUGGUGUGAUUCAACCGGUUCCAUAUCAAACAGCGAAAGGAAAUUUGCGUGCGCUACUGAGACCAUCCACACCAAUAGGCAAGGUUUGCAUGUCGGAAUCAGUUGAUGGAGUUAACUGGAGCUUUGCGAAGCCUACCGAACUUCCCAACCCAAAUUCAGGCAUUGAUGGAGUGAAGCUGAAAGAUGGACGGCUCAUAUUAGUAUAUAACACUGUUUCCAGGGGAGUGCUGAAAGUCGCUUCCUCGUGUGAUGAUGGUGAUUCUUGUGAGGAACUGAUAACAUUGGAAGAGAAUAUGGACAAGGAAUUUUCAUAUCCAGCUGUGAUCCAGAGCUCAGACGAUCUUCUUCAUGUUACCUACACCUACAACCGAACACAGAUCAAGCAUAUCAUUCUGCAGCCUAGCAAUGUGGACUGUGAUUGAGAUCUUCAUCUGUACCGCGGAUUAAAGUUGCAAAUGUAUUCUAUGGAUAUUUCAGGUGUAUAGUAAUAGUUACCUUUUCCAAUAAAUUUGAAAGUUUACAACAUGCACCACACUGUUAUAGUUCACGUCAGCAACUCUUAGUUGCGCAUUCAAUGAACAAUUCCGGUUGAUUUCA